AAACAUCAUUAAGGAAAAGCCGGAAAUUAAGGAAAAGAGAUCGAGAAUUAUUUGGUGGGAGGGUGGAGAUGGCGAAGCUGAUGAGCAACAAAUGGAUGGCCACCGUGGCAGGCAUAUGGAUCGAGUCUAGCUGCGCCCUAUACACCUUCACCAUCUACUCCUCAGUAUUGAAAUCUACCCAAGGCUACGACCAAUCAACGCUCGACAUCGUCUCCGUCUGCAAGGACAUCGGCAGCGUCGGCAUCCUCGCCGGCUUCUUAUACUCCUCCGUAACAUUCCGUAACCGUAACCGUAACCACUCGGGUUUUGGUGGGCCAUGGGUGGUCGUCCUGGUGGGGGCCAUCAUGAGCUUCGUUGGCUACUUUCUAAUAUGGGCUUCCGUCGUGGGGUUAAUCCCUCGCCCCCCGGUGCCGUUGAUGUGCCUCUUCUUCUUCUUGUCGGCUCAGGCUAUGUCUUUCUUUACCACAGCCAACACCGUGUGCGGCGUUCAAAACUUCCCUUAUUCUAGUGGGACCGCUGUGGGCAUCGUCAAGGGCUUUAUGGGUAUUAGUGGAGCAAUAGUAAUCCAAGCGUACGACACAUUCUGCAAGGGAAACGCGAGAGCCUUCCUGCUGAUUCUUGCUCUGUUGCCUACGUCCGUCUCUCUCAUGCUUAUGUUUUUUGUGAGAGUCUAUAACAAACCAAACACAAGUGAUCAUGACAGGAAGCACUUAAAUCGUUUCACUGCAGGAGCUCUGAUCAUUGCUGUUUAUCUCAUGAUCAUAAUUAUCUUGCGAAACAUCCUCACUUUGCCCUCAUGGGCAAGCAUUUUUACCUUUACACUACUUCUUUUGCUUCUACUUGCAUCCCCACUUGGAAUUGCAGUCAAAGCCCAGUUGGAGGACUCCAACAUCUGUUCGGAAACUUUGUCCGUUGAGACAAGUCCUUUGAUGGAGAACCAUGACGACAGAAUUCUGCCUGAUGAUCAUGAAGAGGGCAUGAAUGUUUUGCAAGCCAUGUGGACCGUAAACUUCUGGUUAUUGUUUAUUGCCGCGGUAGGUGGAAUGGGCUCUGGGCUGGCUUUGAUAAAUAACUUCAGCCAAAUAGGACAAUCUCUCAAUUACGCUACUCUGGAGAUUACCAAUUUGGUCUCUUUAUGGAGUAUAUGGAGCUUUUUUGGCCGCAUUGGAGCUGGGUAUUUGUCAGAUUAUUUGCUACACACAAGAGGUUGGACAAGGCCAGUUUUGAUGGCAAUUACUCUUGCCGGAAUGGUGGUCGGUCAGAUUCUAAUUGCUUUUGGUUUCCCCGGAAUUUUAUAUGUGGGUUCGAUUCUGGUGGGAAUCUGUUUUGGCUCACAGUGGUCACUAAUGCCGACGAUCGCUGCGGAUAUAUAUGGUGUGAGGCACCUGGGUACCAUUUACAACACUAUAGGUAUAGCAACUCCUCUUGGAUCUUAUAUUUUCUCUGUGAGAGUCAUUGGCUACUUUUACGACAAGGAAGCAAGCGGGGAAGAUGACUCCUGCUUCGGUACUCAUUGCUUUAUGUUAUCUUUUCUGAUUAUCGCAUCCGCGGUCUUUUUGGGUUUUCUUGCUGCUAUUGCCUUGUUCUUUCGCACCAAGAGUUUCUAUCAACAGGUUGUGCUCAGAAGAUUGAAGCAUUCUGUAACAUCAUGAGACAACUUAUGUUUCUCAACUGUCUCAAGUGUAAUCGCCCGGACUAAAUUGUCUUAAUUUCAUAAUUUGUUCUGGGAAUUUGUUAUAUGGUUACUGGUUAGGAUUGAGAUCA